CUCAGGAGUACUGUAGAGCAACGACCACUGACAGCAGGCACUACACCUUCCGUUCUCUUGAUGAAAUGAAGACAACGUGUCUGGAGAAAGAUAAUGCCACAGGAGCUGAUGAGAGGUGGGAGUGCAUUGAGCUGUUGAAGGCAAUGCUCAAGUGGACUGAGAAGGAGAGGAUUACCCCUGGUGGUAUUCUUAAUCACCCAUUUAUUACCAUGAGCUACCUCAACAGCUCCUGGUCUGAAGAAACUGAAAGCAGCCCAAGCCAGGCAUCCGUUCCCAGUGCGAGCCCUGCAGCUAAACCUGGUAUUGACACUGAGGAGGCAGCCGAGCCUUGCACCAACCAGGCGUCUCAACUCAGCACAAACCAGGCUUCUGACCCAGACACCAAGCAGGCCCGGACCAGGACCAAAGACACCAUCAUGAGGACUUGUGUAGAUGAUAACACACGAAGAACACACAGGCUGACUUCUACAGCACUGCCAUCAGGUUUUAUCAGGGUUCAACCUGCUCCUUCACAGAGCAGAAUCCCACAGGAGGAGACGUCUGAGCCCAUCAGUAAAAGUGACACUUUGGCUUCCACAUUUGAGGAACCCAACACCAGCAACCUUUCGGACAACACAGACGACAGUGAGUUAAAGAAGAGAAAGGAAAACUGCCUCAAAUGCUACUCCUGGACGAGGAGGACAUUUGCUUGCUGCUACGUGGACAACAUACAGAAGUAAAAAUCUCUGCAAAGGUUUCGUAGCUAAACACCUGAGAGCUUUCUCAUAAUUGUU